AUGCUUUUCCAUCAACACUACCAGAUCGACUACACCAGACCUGUGAGCCAAGAAGCGAAGGUUCCAUUUAUUACGCUUCCUCAUCCUUUUCAUUGCUUUUUUUUUUUUGAAAAAACAACAAUUCAAUUACCUAGUUUUCCAUAAUAAAAAGAAUUUCACUUCUCAAUUCAUUUCCGAAGAUGCUCUUCAGGAUGUCAAUAUGUCAAACUGGGUCCGAAAGCAUUUCAUGCUUUUCUGUUUCUGCAUCCUGAUGGCAGCCAUCUGGUAAGCCAUUAGAGUGCCAGCCACUUUAACGUGUUACUUAUUCAGCUAUUCGCUGUACUUCUGUAAAGGCAACGUCAAAAAAUGGUUCGGUCGCAAGAGGUCUGCGGGCAGAAGGAAAACUGAAGAAAGCCUCAAAGCCGCCCUCAUCGACUUGAAAAGAGCUCCGCCGACAUCUUCUGACACGCGGAUCGUCACGUCGAUGACAAUUUAA